AUGUUGUAUGAGGAGCGAGAUGCUUUUUCGAUCGAGGAUGACGACAUUGGGUGCAUCAAGGACUUGAAAAUGGAGAUAAAUCUUACGGACAGACAACCAGUUCAGAAAAAUUACGCGUCCAUUCCACGUCCACUUUACCCGGAAGUGAAACACUAUCUGGAAGACCUACUGAACAAAAACUUUAUCCGACGAUCGAAGUCACCUUACUCUAGCAGCGUGGUGUGCGUCAGGAAGAAGGACGGAACCAUGAGAUUAUGUGUCGACUACCGUGCACUGAAUAAAAAGACCAUUCAAGACAGACACCCCAUCCCCAGGAUACAAGAAACCUUAGAUAACCUAGGGGGAAACUCCUGGUUCAGUACAUUAGAUCAAGGCAAAGCGUAUCAUCAAGGCUUUGUCAGCCCAGAUAUGUCAACCAUUCACAGCAUUUGUGACGCCGUGGGGGCUUUACGAGUGGGUACGCAUCCCAUUCGGACUAACGAACGCGCCAGCUAGUUUCCAACGGUUCAUGGAAGGAUGCUUAGGGGAUUCACGUGACCAGAUAUGCAUUCCCUAUCUCGACGAUAUUAUUAUAUUUUCCAAAUCAUUCGAAGAGCAUGUUGAACACGUACAUCUAGUUCUGCAGAAACUGCAACAAUAUGGUGUUAAAUUGAAGCCAGGAAAAUGCAGGUUAUUCAAGCGUCAAGUAUCGUUUCUUGGGAUAAUAGUAUCAGAAAAGGGUUAUAACAUUGAUCCAAAAGCAACCGAAGCUGUUAUCCUGUUGAAGAGCAAAAUACCGCGGACUGUCGGAGAGGUUCGAAGAGUAAUUGGAUUGUUAGGAGUAUACCAACGUCACAUCAAAGAUUUUUCGAAGAUUGCUAAACCAAUCUAUGAACUGUUGGAAGGGAAAGUGAACACUAAUCAGAACUCCAGGAAGAAUGGUUAACUGCCCUCGAACCACCCUACUCAGUGGUCUAUAAAACACCAGACGGCAUUAAAUACAUUGAUUGAUUGCGUCACAUCACCCCCGAUUCUAGCGUACCCUGAUUACAGUUCACCAUAUUUUGUUCAUACAGAUGCUUCCCAGAACGGGCUGGGAGCCGUGUUAUAUCAGCGCCGGGGCGGAACGCUCCAAGUGAAGUCAUCGCAUAUGCAUCACGCAUAUUAACGCAAGCUGAGAAGAACUACCAUUUACAUGGGGGGAAGCUAGAGUUUCUUGCUCUAAAGUGGGCUGUCAGCGAACAAUUCAGGGAUUAUUUAUAUUAUGCACCAUCCUUCAUAGUCUAAACUGAUAAUAACCCACCGACUUAUAUUCUCUCGACAGCGAAACUCAAUGCAACCGUUUUGCGUUGGGUUGGGGAACUUGCAGACUUUAAAUUUGAGAUCAAAUAUAGACCGGGAAAAGUAAACAUCGACGCGGAUAGCUUGUCCAGAAUCCCCGCGGACUUCGAAAGAUUCAUGUACUCUUGUUCUGAAACGGUUUCAAAUCCGGAGUUCAACGCAGCAGUUUCUCAGAUUUCUUCCGUCAGCAAUGGCGAUUCCCCCUGGAUUACAUCAGUCACGGAUCAGCCGGAGGCCCUCGAGACAGACAAGCUAUUCUUGCCAGAGCGAGAAAACACCAUCCAGUUCAAACAGACAGAGAUCGCUAGAGCGCAACGAGAAGACCCAACGACAAGUCGGGUUCAGUGGUAUGUACGGGCGCGAAAGAAACCAACUCUCGAAAAAAGGCAACAAGAAACCCCUGAACUAAAAAAAUACCUCCGGGAGUGGCAUAAUCUCAUGAUCGACAGGAAGACCAGUAUUUUGUAUCGAGGCCAGCAACUUGUACUACCAACGAAGUAUAGAUCCUUAGUAUUUCGAGAACUACACGAGAAAAUGGGACAUCUUGGUCCACAACGCGUUUUCAACCUCGCGAGGGAACGGUUCUAUUGGCCUGGAAUGAAGAACGAUAUUGAACAUUUUAUCACGCAGGUCUGUAGUUGUGUUAAACAGAGAAAACAUUUCUACGUCCGCACCAUUCGAACUGGUAUCAAUUGA